AUGCUUGCGAUUGUCUUCGGAUGCUCGAAGUUUCAUUACUACGUUUUUGGGCAGAAGCAACUACUAGUUCAGAGCGAUCACAAACCCUUGGAGAUGAUUAUGAAAAAACCUCUCCAUCAGGUACCGCUCAGGCUCCAACGCAUGCAUCUCACCCUGCAAAGGUACGACAUAAAGGUUCAAUAUGUCCCGGGUAGAGAGCUACUGAUUGCCGACUGUUUGUCAAGGAAUCCGUCGGCGGACGAAAUGGAAGAAGACCCAAGAAUCGCAGCCCUGCAUUCGUUGCCUGUGGCCGACCACCGACUUCCAGACUAUGUCUCGGCUACGCAAGAUGACCGGCAGCUGAAGAUAUUGAUGCAGACGUGCCUCGACGGUUGGCCAGGAGACAAGAAACAGGUUCCCCAGAUCGUGAGAGAAUACUGGCCUUAUCGGGAUGAGAUGCAUGUUGAAAACGGACUGGUUAUGCGUUCCAACAGAAUUGUCAUCCCUGCAGCACUCCGCAGUGAAGUGCUUAGACAGCUCCAUCAACCCCACACAGGGGUUAACAAAAUGAGGCUCCGCGCGAGAACAGCGGUGUAUUGGCCGGCCAUUGACGCCGACAUCGAGGCUACCGUUGCUAAAUGCCAACUAUGUCAGCGGGACAGACCAGCGAAUCCGCGAGAGCCCAUGUGCUCGACAGCUACUCCGCCGCGGCCGUGGUACACAGUGUACAUGGACCUUUUCGAAUAUGAAGGCGAUCAUUUCCUGAUUGUGGUCGAUGCUUACAGCUUCUACUGGGAUAUGACACGACUCACUACGACCACAAUGAAGGGAAUCGCUACGGCCUCAUUUGCCAUCUUCUCGCAUUUCGGCCUUCCCGUCGAACUAAGGUCAGACAAUGGCCCGCAGUUUGUGGGCUCCUGGUUUCGCGAUCUCCUGAAUCGCUACGGCAUCAAGCAGACUACCAGCUCUCCGUACUAUCCGCGCGGUAACUCAUUAGCAGAGAGGGCUGUGCAAGAAGCGAAAAAGAUGCUCAAAAAAUUCACUUACAACUCCCCCGAGUAUUUCACGGCCAUGCUCGAAUUGAGAAAUGUGCCCCGAAAUCACCUCCUAGGCUCCCCAAGCCAGCGACUCAUGGGCAGAGAGGCCCGAAGUACAGUGCCCGUUCCUCCAGGCAAUCUACGCCCCCACACCAUCCCGCCAGAAACGGUUAUCGAAGGUCUCGAUGAAGAGAAACGGCGGAGCAAGUUCUAUUACGACCGGGGCACGAAGCCGCAACGGGACAUGAGUCCCGGGCAAUCGAUUCGGAUCCUCAAUCCCCAGGAGAACAUCUGGAAGAGGGGAACCGUAGUACAGGUACUCCCCUAUCCUCGUUCAUACCUGGACGAAGAGUCAGGUGUUGUGGCACGGCGGAACCGCCAAGUCUUACGAGAGGACCGUUCUGCGGGCCCGAAAGAACAAGAGGAGAUACAAGUAACGACAAAUGAAACAGGACCUCCCGGACCGCCGUCGAUGGAGAUACGGCGCUCUUUUUCAAGAGCCAAUGGAAUCCGACGGCACGGAUUGAUACAUGGCUGGUAUCCCGGCCUGAGACGAAUAGAGCACUCGUAG